AUAAGUAUGACGUCACACUCAUUAUUUGAACUUGACGUGAACACUUUUCGCAGGUGUUUGCAGAUAGGAGGAUAGUCAAUUACUAGAAUGGAAGUUCUGGUGGGAACUGCAAACGAAACCCCUGUUUGUCUUAGUCCUGAAAAAGUUAAGGAAAAAGUCCGACGUCCAAGACGUGCUCUCUCCAACAUAAAUCACAAUGGUGACGUUACCAAUGACGAGAUUAAGAUGAUGAAGCUGACAGCGCAGACAUGUCGUGAAAUUAAUGCUCGCGCCAAAGAUCCCUAUGAUAACCAAGAGACCAAGAAGCCAGCAAGUGGUAAUAGAAAAACUAACAAAGCUAUCUUAAACACAUAUGCUAACGAUGCGUUUUUUGUGAAGACAACUGACCGACAGGACUACGGUGGCUCUCUGGCUAUCGCACGGCAUCUCGUGCACGUGCCCACAACAAUGUGCCCGGAUAUUCAAAAGCAUGUUGAGAGAGUUUACACCCAAAGACUCACUCUCCCACUCGCUUGUCCCACGUGCUGGAGUCUCCAAAGAAACUACGUCUGACAGACAAAUGUCCUUGAAGUACAGUCCCUAAUAUUUAAAUACUCUUCAUUAACUCUGCCUUAUUGUGAAGUUCCUUGAUCGGUUAAUUAUGAUGAGCCAGAGCCGUUGUGUGUUCUAUUGGUGGGCAUAGGUACUUGGCACGAAUUUCCAACCCACUGUUCAUUCACUGUCAGGUCAAAAGUCUUUCCCUAAAUUCUAUUUUGCUUUAUAAUCCUACCACUUAAAACUCUUUUUCGAAGAUUUUUCCUGGAUUUGUUAAUGGGCUGAUUUGAGCGAAAGUUUGUAUGCCGAAAGAGUUUUUAUUCACAUUUCAUUUUAUAAUAUUUUCGUCAUUUUCUGUUGUCAUUUAUUUGAGAAAUUCAAUUUUAUUUACAAUAGAAAUUUUUGUAACAUCUUUUAGAUGAUUAUUUGGUAAGUUAAUGAAUGAUGAUGGUGCCACGGAAAUUUGGGUUUGUUAUUACUUUUAAUCUCUACCUACAUAGGAGGUAUUAUGCAUAAACAAAUUGCAUGAAAAAUUUCUUUCUUUUUCAAAACACAAAAUUUCAAUAAAAUACAACAAUGGAUGAAAGCAGGGCAAGUGAUUUUAAAAAGUUGAACAGACAAGAAAUUGAAGCAGAAAUAAGGAGACUUUUGACCUGAAACCGUACGGCUUAUGUACUAUGGUGCGUGGGUUAUGAAUUGGUGACAAGUCACUGUGCCAGUUGGUACAUACCGAUUUUACAUCAUGUAAAACAACAUUCAGAAAAUGUAUUUGAUAACUCCCUGCGGGGUGUACAUGUAUUACGUAGCCAACAGAAUAUAUCUUUUACUUACAGGGAUUCAAUAUUGCUUCCCUUCUUAUAUCGGAACAACACAACUAAAAUGUGUAUUUCCCUCCAAUAAAACACAUUACAAAUGCAUUAUUACUGAUCCAUGUCUUUAUCAGACCGUUAGGGGUGGGCAGGUGGCGCAGUGGUCACACAUGUACACAUUUCACUUAGUCGACUGGUGUUCGAUUCCCCGAUCGGACCUGAAAAGACGGGUGUCACCUGCCCGACUAGGUGGGUUUUCUCUGGUGUCCACAAACUGAAAGACUUUCA